AGUUAGUUGCGGCUCUCAGCAGUGUAGCUGGUGUUUGGGCAUCUCACAUCUGGAAAUGACUCUUCAACCUACAAGGUAUGUAUAAGUUUCAUUUAUAUUUCUAAUAUUUAUACUCUAUUUCUUCUAAAACUAAGGGAACAGACACCUUGUGAUGGAAACUUAUUGAAGAUUGUACAGAAGUUGUUAGAUUGAUGUAUCAGUGUGUGGAGAUUAUUCAGAGGUUUUCUGUGUAAUACUUAACAGUGAUAUACAGAUGAAAAUAACCAAAAACAAUGAUAUUAUGAUAACAAAAAAGGCUUUUGACAACUUUUAAUGGUUAAAAUCAGAGUGGAUAACUUUGGAGUGAAAACAUCUUUUUCUGAGAGUCAGUCACAUUAAGUCAAAUCUGAGCUCUGAAGUAAAAGAUAUUCAAGUUUGUUUUCUCUAUGUGAACAUUUUCUCAUUGCCAGGCUCAUGUUAACUUUUGAUUUGCUCAGCUGUGAUGCAUGUAAUUUCUUAUAUUCCUAUAGCACCAAACAACUUAUCUGUCUUGUGCUCUUAAACUGAAAUUGAAUUUUUUAUGCAUCCUUACCCAUUAACCCAAGCCAUUUAGUCUUAAAUACUUGGCGUGUUUGACUGCUGUUUAGUUUGCCAGAUGAGAAAAGAUCUAAUAUUGUGCAUGGCAAAAUCAAACACCCUGAGGGAAAUUAGGUGAACAGAGCCACGCUUGUUGCUCCUUAAUGGAACAUGAUAUGCAGUGUACAGUGAACACAGUUAUUGAUCUAUAGGAUAAGGCUUUGGUAAUGGGGGCUGCUUGCAAAGGUUGCAGUGCAGAAUUUAAAUGAGUAAGUCUUUCCCAUGAUUGAACCCUUUUAUUUCUCUGUUUCACACUUAGGUCUACUGUUAACUUUCACCAAACUUAGCAGAUAAUCAUGCAUGUUUCUAUGUGGCUUAUUUUAUAUUAGUCGACUAGUUUACAGCAUCAAAACAAAGUGUAUAGGCAGAAAUCAUUUGUAUUCAACUUGAUAGGCCAAGUCAGGUCAUGACCCCUAGAGGAGGAUUAGCAGAAGCACAUUCAAAUGGUCCCAGUAAAGAUUGAUAAUGAUCACAGAUAUAAAAACAUAAUACUUUCGUUGUUGAUAGUUUAAGUUUACAGUGCUUGUCUGAUGUCAGUUGAGGGAGUGCAGUCAAAUGUGCAGCACUGUAAAUGCACCCUGACUGAUUUACAGUAAGCAUAAGAGUUAAAUGCUACUGUCAUAUAUUUUGGUUUCCUUACAUGUGGAUAGAGCCGGGAUGGGAUAUUGUUGUAGUUUCCCAAACAGCUGCAGUUUCCCGCUACACUUACAGUGCGGUCAUGAAAGUGGUAUCAAAUUUCUCUUCUAAAAUCUCUCUAACACAACCCAACAAUGAUGAAUAUUUUAGUACUAUGAGGCUCAAAAACAUUUUGUGAUCUUUCUGAGGAUGUCUGUGUCCAAGGCAGAGGAGUCUUCUGUGGUAAUGUCACUAUAACAUGCAUAAAGACAUUUCUACAAUACAGCACAACAGCUGGAAAGUACUGUAUAUGAACAACAUCAUCACAAUGCACACUUGCAGUAGAUAUUCCUGUCUGUUACCUGUUGUGUUCAUGGAUCAGUUCAUCCUAAAGUUGACAUUUGACAAACAGGCUGAGGUGUGUGCAAAGUGUAGGUAUGUAGAUUCACUAAAACACUGUCCUGAAAUCUUCAUGAGUGCAAUGCAUGUGUGAACAUUUGGCAAGAGAGUCAAAAGGAUAGUUGUAAGAAAAAUGAAAAAGUUUCUCCAGUGUCAUAGCUGAAUUGUCCUUUUCUAUUCCUCUUAGCAACCCUGCUAACUUCAGCAGCACCCCUGCUUGGUAUGACCUAAACGGCACCAAUGGCACCGACUGUCAUGAUGCAGACUACUGGGAGGGGCUCUACAGCUGGCAGCCGGUCUACAUCGUGUUCAUCACUGUGCUGGGGGUUAUCUUCAACGUCUUUGUCCUGAUGGUUUUCUGCUUUCACAAGAAAGCCUGCACCGUGGCUGAGAUCUACCUGAGCAACCUGGCUGCUGCUGACCUUGUCUUGGUGUCCUGUUUACCUUUCUGGGCUGUCAACAUAGCCAACGGUUUCGACUGGCCGUUCGGUCUGUCCCUGUGCAAAAUUGUCAACUUCGGCAUCAAGAUGAACAUCUACUGCAGCAUUUACUUCCUUGUUCUGGUUGGCAUCGAUCGCUACAUCGCGCUGGUACAUCCAAUGUCCCAUGGCAGAAUGCGCAGGCCCAAAUAUGCCAAACUUAAUUGUCUGCUGGUGUGGGGUUUAGGGUUACUGCUGUGUGUCCCGACUCUUGUCUUUAGACAAGUGAAGCAUUUCCCAGAGUACGAUGUCCAUGCUUGCUUUCUGGAAUAUCCAAAACAUAUACCCAGCUUACAGCUGUUCUUUGACGUGAUGUUGGUCAUUUUCAGCUUUAUUGUUCCAAUUUCAAUCAUCUCAUUCUGCACUGUAAAGAUUAUCCAGGCUUUGAAGAUGCAGUCAAUAGAGAGGUUCAAUGCAGAGAAAACAGAGCAAAAGGCCACCACCCUGGUUCUGGCUGUCCUCCUCGCUUUCUUAAUCUGCUGGCUGCCCUUUCAUGUGGUUGCAACUGUGGAUGUAAUCAUGCGUGCUGCUGAUCUGGAGGGAUGCUACAUUGAGACUGUGCUCGAUAUUUGCAACCAGGUCUUCACCUACUUGGGCUUCUUCAACAGUGUUCUCAACCCCAUCCUCUACGUCAUUGUGGGAAAGAAUUUCCGCAAGAAAGUCCGAGAACUCUUGACACAGUGGAGCAUCAAGAAAACAAUAACCUCAGAGUCUACACGGUCCAAUUUGUCAUCAACGCUGAAGACUGUGGUUUGAAACACCUCUUUUCUAAAGGAAAUAAUGACUUUAUAAAAUGAUUUUCCAAUGCAUUCAUCUUUCUGCAGUCAUGCACUGAUGUAAAUAAGUCGAACAAAAAGUUUGAUGAAUGAUUAGAUUUGCAGCAGAUGUAAUCGUGUAAUUGGACUGAAUCAUCCUUUCUUGAAUCAAUCUGUAAGUUUCAUCUCAAGAUGGUCAAGUCUUGUUUCAACCUUUUAUAGAAAUUAACAAUCAUUUACAUAAAGUAAUACAAGUGUUUGAUUAUUUUCCUCUACUGUCUUAACUUUGUAAAUGACCUUUAAUAAGCUGGAAAUCCUGACACAGACGACACUUUAUGAUGGAUCCCUUCAAGUGUGGCUGAAUGAAGACAGUUUGCCUCUUGUUACAAAUAUGGACACCAGUAUAUUGAAUGUUCAGGUGAUCUAGAUCAGCCUAGCUGCUGUAAAAUAUUCAUUGUAAAUAAAGUUUGCAUUCUCUGUAACCUUUUGCUAAUAACGUUGACUUUAACCGAAACAGUAUUUGUUUUUCUCUGUACAUAAUCAUCAAAUAAAACACACAUAUGGUUUGAAAGGGCGUCUCAUUGAAUCUUUAUAGUGCAUUUAACGAUGCAAGUUGAGCACAAAAACCAGAACAGUAAGAAAGCCCCGACAACUGCUUGCUAAGUGUUUUCUGGUGUUUCUGACUCAUUGUCUGCGGAGUUAAAAACAGGAUUCUGUCAAAGACUUUCCAGCGGUGACACACAAACAUGCUCCUUUUUGUUGGCUGCAUGGACACGAGUUGUCUCAUUAUGCACUCCUACCCACACCACCGUAAUUUAACAGACCUGUGUUGACUCAUGGUGGGUUGUGGUUGAGGGUACAACCCUUGUCGUCUCGAAAAUGAGGCAUGUCGAGCCAAACAGGAAAUCUUUGUUAGGAGUCAGGUUCAGCCACCGUUGCCCGUGCUGAAGUUGUCGCAGAGCAGAAACCAUGCAGGCAGACACAGACAUUUCAAAUGGUGAAGUCCAGUCCAAAAAUACAACUUAAACAACAUGUGUUUCCUGUCUGCCUUUAAGAUUUUGCCAAAUGUAUUACACUGGAUUUCAUCUUCUUUUUACAGAAAACUGGAAAAUUAACUUGAUCUCUACAAGUUAAUGAGCCUAAAACAGGUUAUAUAUCCACUGUAUGAUCUGUAUUGUGUACCCUGCAAGCAGGGCCGUAUUAAGGACCGGGCCAGUGGGGCCGGUGCCCAGGGGCCCAGAGCGAUGUAGAUGCCGAUGCCAAUUGCGAUGUCAGAGAGGCCUCUACUCUCUAGGAUCUUAUCACUACUCACACUGUUAUAGGGCAUAUCUGAGGAGAACCGAGAGAGAAGGGUGAUAUGAAUUGGGCGGGGGGGACAGGGACGGCAAUCAGAGGGCCCCUGGGCUUUGGGGGAUAGCAGUCAGAGGGCCCCUGGGCCACGGGGGACGACAAUCAGAGGGCCCCUGGGCUGGCCCUGCUGUACUGCCUCUCGUGAAUACUCCAAAGGGAGCCCUUCAUAGCUCAGUUGGUAGAGCAGAGGACUGUAAGAAGUUCCUCAUAUGAAAGGCUGUGAUCCUAUGGUCGCUGGUUCAACUCCAGCUCGAAGCACCAGAUUUCAUUGGUGUGUGCAAUGUUUAAGCCUUUACUUCAUCUGUCAGCUCCUCCAAAAUGUCAAAACACAAACAAGAUAACUCCUGCCUAAUUUUCCAACCAUCAAAUUUUUCUUCACCCAGCCUAAAGGUCCUGAUUCUAAGUUCUGGGUCCAUGGCAAUAACUGUUGGGUACAAACUGCAAAGCUUUGUUCUGCAGGUAGGGCUUGGCUUUUCAUUGACCAUGGGUUGGAAUAGUUCUGUGGGCAUAGUAUCUCUCCUAAGCCACUAUGUAUUCUGCAGUCGUGGGUAGAGAGCACCUUCAUAGCUCAGUUGUUAGAGCGGUGAACUGUAAGAUGCUCCUUGUGUGAAACACUGUGAUCCUAAGGUCCCUGGUUCAACUCCAGCUCCAAGAACCUCCUUGUCAUAGGAAAUACCCCCAAGCCUUCUCUUUAUCUGUCAACUCCUCCAAAAUGUAAAAACACAAACAAGAUAACUCUUUCUUAAAUUUUCAACCAUCAAUUUUUUAUUCACCCAGCCUAAAGGUCCUGAUUCUAAGUUCUGGGUCCCUGGCAAUGACUGUUGGGUACAAACUGCAAAGCUUUGUUCUGCAGGUAGGGCUUGGCUUUUCAUUGAUCAUGGGUUGGAAUAGUUCUGUGGGCAUAGUAUCUCUCCUAAGCCACUAUGUUUUCUGCAGUUGUGAGUAGAAAGCACCUUGAUAGCUCAGUUGUUAGAGCAGAGGACUGCAGGACGUUCCUCAUAUGAAAUGCUGUUAUACUAAGGUCGCUGGUCCAAUUCCAGCUCAAAGCACCUGCAUUUCGUUGGUGUGAGCAAUGUUCUGGGUCUAAUCACAUUGAAAUAAUGCCAAGCCUUGUCUUCAUCUGUCAGCUCCUCCAAAAUGUAAAAACACAAACAAGAUAACUCCUGCUAAAUUUUCCAACCAUCAAUUUUUUAUUCACCCAGCCUAAAAGUCCUGAUUAUUAGUUCUGGAUCCCUGGCAAUGACUGUUGGGCACAAACUGUGAAGCUCUGUUCUGAGGGUAGGACCAGGCUUUUGAUCGGCCAUGUCAAUCAAAAGCCCAGCCUGUUGUCGCAGAUGUGAUGAUUUUUUUCUUGGUGAAGUGUUAAGGCACCAACUCCAAGGUUCAGACUGUCUUACCUGGUGCAACCCAGAAAUAUUAGAAGCUCAUUACCUCCAUCCUCAACCAGGAAUUGCAUUUAAAUUAGGUUUAGGUUGGACUCAAGCACAGCUGGUGCAGCCCAGUGUUGCAGUCUAACACAUAAAUCCAGCUCAAAACCUUUCUAAAAGAUUUGAGAGCAAAUUUCUGU